CUUUAAAAUAUUUUCUCUAAUCAUUAUCAAGAAAGUUGUCAUGUGUUCGUAUCGACCAGAUGAGUGAUAGGUUUUAGAAAAGAUUCAUUUAAUACUUUGAGAUAAACUGCAAGGUAGCAAGUUGUUAACCAGGAUUUUAAUUCAAAUUUUAGUUACGAUUCAUUUGCAUUGGAACCGAGAUCAAGUAUUAUUACACGAAUUAUUCUAUUUAUCUUAUCUAUUACUAUUUCAUCUUAUCUAGUCGACUCCAAGAGGCUGUAUGUGUACUCCUUGUGUACUCUGCCUCAAAGAAUUUGUACAGACUAACUUCAUGUCGAUUAUUCGUGUUAGUAACGUGAAGGUGGUAAUGAUACGAAACGUCACAUAUUUAUGCUCGUGAAAUCCGUUUCGUUCUUUGGAGACUGUAUUUUUAUUUGAUCAUGUUCAUAUAGUCUCUCUAAACUAGUUGGCUGUUACUCAUUGCUCAUCAAAAAGGAAGAAGCACAUUUCUUAAAGUGAAGAGAAAUAUAAAAUAAAGAUAUAAAAUGGUAGAGAAUAAUACAACUAGUGAGAGUGAUGAAGGAGAAGUAAAGUCAGAUUUUGAAGAGGAUUUCCAGGAAGAGCUGUACAACUUUCCUCACGUCUUAAGAUUUAUUCAGAGAAUGCGUGAUCACAUCAAGAAGCAGAAUAAGAAGAUUGCCAAAUUGCGAAACAAAAUCAAUCAACAUAAAAAACAGUUGAUGCAAAGUAAAAUCCUGGUCGAUUAUGGAACUCAAACAAAUCCUCUGGAACAUGAAAAGGAAUUAUGUCUUACUCAAGAUUGGAAUAUAAGCAAUGACAAAACUUUCAGCACUAUUAAAGAACAAGUAACAGAAGUUGCAGAAGCUGUUGAACAACAAACUCGUUUCGUUUAUGAAGAAACAUCUGGUUUAUUUUACGAUUACAACAGUGGUUAUUAUUACGAUGCAAAACAAGGAUUAUAUUACAAUGGGAACACUGGUGCAUAUUACUAUUAUGAUAAAGCUAGUAAUAUGUAUCACUUCCAUAGUCAAGUGACUGUGGACAAAGGAGCUGCACAUGAUCAAAACAGGAAGCAGCGGAAAACUAGAAAGGCAACCAAGGUUUCGGAUGACAUACAUGAAUUAGAUAUGGGAAAGAAACGAAAGCUUGCCAAAAGAGAUGAACAGUUCGAAGACGAACUCGAGGAGGGUGAAUGUUCAAGCAAUGACAGCAAUUCUAAUGACAUUACACCAGAAUUGUGUACUAGUAGUGAUAGUGACCAUGAAGAUGAACAAGAUCUAGCAAAACCAUACCCACCAUGUAUGAGAAUCAUAGUUAAAGAAACUGAUUUACCAAAGCUGAGGGUCGGAAGUCUCUUCAUAGUCCCUUAUACAGGCGGUUCACUUGGUCGAGAAGGCGAUCAUUCCGUAUUAAUUCCAGAUAUAAAUAUCAGUAAACAUCAUGCCAGAUUUGCGUACGACGAGGAUAAGAAAAUAUACAAGAUCACGGAUCUGGGUUCGAGAAAUGGAACGUUUCUGAAUGGUAAAAGGCUGUCAGUGGCGAAGCAGGAAUCCGAACCUCACGAAGUUUCGCACGGUUCGAUUGUACAAGUCGGUACCACGAAACUGUUGUGUCACAUACACAAUGGCAACGAAACCUGCGGUCACUGUGAACCGGGUCUCGUCCAGCAAAUCAGUAACGUGGAGGAAAACAAAAUUUGCAAAAAGGAGCAGCACAAGCAAGAAUUGAGACGACUGAAAUUUAAGUUCGGCGUGGAGAAAGAUAACGUCGCGGCUGCUAGUCAAUUAGCAUCGGGAUAUCAAGAUAGAGCGCAGAGCCGAAGACAGUCCAUCGGUUCGUUAAAUCAUCAUGCCAAAACGCAACACAGCUCUAUGGAUACACGGAUAGCUAAGGACAAUAAAGGAUUUAAGCUACUGUCGAAAAUGGGCUGGUCUGAGGGACAAUCAUUGGGCAAGGAAGGAGAUGGACGAACUGAACCGGUAUCUAUGACGAAUAAUCCGAGCAAAACCGGUCUCGGCGCAGCGAGCGAAUUUCCUACAAUCGAACUAGAUUCUACGACGGAAAAGAAGCAGGCGUUGUGGCGAAAGACCCAGCAACGUUACAAAGAAAUAAACGACGAUUCGGAAUAAUUGCCACGGUGAACGGUGCGUCGGGGGAAACGCACCGAUCCAUUUGCAUUCGCGUGACACUUUUUAUCACGCUUGUCACGCGGUGACCGAAGACCAGUUAAGUACGGUGUUUUAUCAUAGAAAUCUUAUUUAGACUUACCUCGUCACGUGUACAAAGAAAAUCAUUGCUAGAAUCAGUACAAAUUGUAUGAUACCAUGUUUAAUUAUGGUAACAUUUACUUUCGUCUUACACAAGUUGUGAAUAUUUUUAAUAAAAUACAUAUUUCAUGCCA